AUGCAGCUCUUCAGCCUCUUCACCACCCUUCUCGUGGCCGUCUCCGCCACCUCCGUCCACGGCGAUGCCAUGAGCAACGACUGGGAAAACGCCGGCGUCUGCGGUUCAAAGAACGCCAACGCUAACGCUGCCAUCGAGGCCUUCUGCAGCAAAGGCGACAUCGUCGUGCCAUCGAAAUACGCCCAGGAUGGCGCGCGACGGGGCAACAUGCACGCCCGCAUCACUGGCAACUGCGGCGGCCAGUGGAUCCCACCGGAGUGGUGCCGUGCGCAGUUCCACCAGAUUUGCGCACACGGUGGGCCACGCGGUGGUGGGCAUCGCAAGUACAAUGGCUGUCAGCUUUUCCAGCUUACCAAGAAGUACUGA